CGGGCACAUACCUAUAUUAUUGAAUCCACUACAGACUUUCUGGAGCUGGCUCUUCAGUUUGGCAUGAUCAUGAUGUUUGCCUGUGCAUUUCCAUUGAUAUUCUGCUUUGCAGCUCUGAACAAUGUUACUGAAAUCAGAGCAGAUGCAUUGAAGUUGUUAGUCAUGUUGAAAACACCUGAGCCGCGUGCUGCAGCUACAAUUGGAGCAUGGUUGAACAUAUUCCAGUUCUUGGUUGUGAUGGCAAUAUGCACCAACUGCUUGCUUCUCGUUUGUCUGUAUGACGAGGAGGGGAAAUGGAGGAUUGAGCCAGGACUAGCAGCAAUCCUCAUAAUGGAGCAUGCUCUCCUCUUAAUCAAGUUUGGUUUCUCACACUUUGUGCUUGAGGAGCCUGCGUGGGUGAAAGCAAAUCGUGUGCGGUAUGUAGCUCAGGCACAAAACGUCUGCUCCAAACAACUUUUGAGGAGCAUUUCAAAAUUUGACGAAAAACUGGAUUGAGAAACACCAUGCACAGUUUAGCGGUUAUCGCUGGUUUUGUAGUUUAGGUAGAGCGGUUUUGUAUAGUACAAAGAUGUACAAAUCUAGGGGUGUAAUAUCUUGAUGCAUAUGACCGUUAAGUGUAGAUAUUAGGUGAUCGCCACCUAUCUUACCA